GGAGUAGCAGGCUGUACACGAGGACACACGCGCCGGUUAACGAUGGCGGCAAUGACUGGAGCCUUCGGAUCGCUGCCUAGCUCACUAAAAGACAAGCAAAGGCAGGCUGUCCUCAGGCUACUGAAUUUCAAUUCCAAUGACAACGGCACUCGGGUGGGCCAGAUUGGCGAGUGGUCGGAUCAGUGGAAGGUUUUGGUCUACGACAAGCCAUGCCGGAACAUCAUCUCCACAUUGCUGCAUGUCACGCAGCUCCGGAAGCAAGGAGUCACCCUGCACAUGCUGCUGGAGACGGAACGAGAGGCAAUCCCCGACGUACCGGCGAUCUAUUUCUGCCGCCCAACGGAAGAGAACAUGCGACGAAUCGCGGCCGACGCUGGCAAAAGGCUCUACAGCAACCUGUUCAUCAACCUGUCGAGCAAGCUCGAGCGGCCGCUGAUGGAGCUCCUGGCGCGAGAAACCUUGGCGGAAGGCAGCGUAGACAUGAUCUCCAAGAUUUUUGACCAGAACCUUGAGUUCGUUUCCUUGGAACACCGCCUUUUCAGCCUCGACCGACCGGGAUCGUACGUGCAGUACAACGACCCGACCUGCCCAGACGCCCAGAUCGAAAACUACAUGAAGAGCAUGGCAAGUGCCCUUUUCGGGGUCUUGGCCACCGCGGGAGGGGUGCCGAUAAUCCGCGCGCUCCCCGGAGGGCCGACACAAAUGCUUUCGGAACAAUUGAGCAAGAUCAUCAGCGACCACCUGAUGAGCGGGGGGACGGCGUUCAACGCGGCAGGAGCGGCAGGGUUCCAGAGACCGCUCGUGGUCGUCAUGCACCGGGGCAUGGAUCUUGUUUCUGCUCUCAGGCACAACAGCACAUACCAAGCCCUGGUAGACGAUGUUCUGGACCAUCGAUUGAACCGGGUGACGGUUCAGAUGGAGGGGAAGAACGGCCAAGGGAAGCGGUCCAAGACGUACGAUGUUGACGCCGAGAAUGACUCCUUCUACCGCCGCUUCAAGGGCUCGCCCUUUCCUGAAGCUAUCGAGGCCAAUGGAUCGGAGCUGGCGGCCGUGACUCAGAAGGAGGACGACAUCAGGAGGAGGACCUCCGCAGCGGGAAUCAACGCCGAUGCGGCAUCGUCUGGCUUGGGGGUAAGCACUCCCAUCGGCGGUGCGGCCGGAGGAGGAGGAGACGAAGCAACGCAGGAGCUUGCAGCGGCGGUGGAGUCGCUGCCGAAGCUUUUGGAGCAGAAGAAGGGGCUAGAAAUGCACACCAACAUCUUGAAGGCCAUCAUGGAUGAUGUGGCGGCGCGCGAAGUGCCAGUGUACUUCGAGGUUGAGGAGGAGAUUAUAUCUGCCCCGUCCAAGCGGACGAAGAGCAGGGUGCAGGAGCUUCUUGUCAGCGGCAAGGGCUCCAUCCGUGACAAGCUCCGCUUGCUGGGAGUGUACUGCUUGGCGGUCAGACCGUCCACCGCGGAAGUCACAGAGCUGGAGGGUCUCUUGAAGCAGUCCGCUGCUAGCUCUGGGGUUGACGGGGCGGAGGAGGAGGCGCAAAGGGGGCUGGGGGCGAUCGGAUUCCUGCGGCAGCAGAUAUCCUUGCAGCACUUGCCGACAAUGCAAGCUGGAGGGGGGUCAGACGAGGCUCCUCUGUCUGGUCCAAACAAGAUGCUCUCUGGACUGUUUGCGAAAGCACAAACGCAAGCAACUGGAUUGCUGGCAAAGGCUGCCGCCACUGCUGGGCAGCUUCUCUCUCGAGCCAACAACGCGCACGUCACAAGGGUGGUCGAGAGCCUUCUCGACUACGGAGAGGAAGACGAAGCGUACCUGUACCUAGACCCGAAGCUCCGAGAGCGAGCUGAUCCGGCGGCGGCCAGGUCCAGAGGUCCACCCCGAGAGGUCAUCGUGUUCAUGAUCGGAGGGGGGUGUUACUCGGAGUACCAGAACUUGCAGGACUUCGCCCAGAGAAGAUCGCAGAGUGCUCCUUUGAGCAUCACGUACGGGAGCACGGAGCUGGUGAACGCGGAAGGAUUCUUCGAACAGCUCAUGGAGCUUGGAACGAAACAAGCGUGACAGCUGCUGGCACUAACUAGCCCAAAGCUUGUGCAGGCAAAAUCCAUCACAGCAGCAUGGCUCCGCGGAUGUGAACGCCUUGUGGCCCGGAUAGUGCACAUCUGGCCAAAGGGACCAAGGUGUUCGCGUCUUUUAUGGGUCUCGUUUUUGUUGCACGAGGGGUCACAUCAGCGUCAAGGGUCAAGGAUAUGCCCGUGUGAGCCUACUGCCGGCCUGCACCUGGACCAGACACGGGCGAGUGCAGUGCGGCGGAGAAACCGGGUGCAUUUUGGAGUUUGGUAGCCUUGGUGUAUC